UUAAAGUGCAGCUUCCCACCAAUAGCUUUCCUUCUACAACCUGUAUUUCGCUGCCCUCAACCCCUUGAUUAAAACAUACCUAGAAGUUGGGCAAAAUUGGUGUUAGAACUCAGAUGUUGUGGGAUGGAAAUCGCUGGUUUCCGGUUCAGAAUUCGGAGCAGUUGAUACCAAACCGACUAGGCGGUUCAACUUGAUUGGUAAUUAGGCUCGAAAAGACAAAUCGUCAGGGACAAGCCAGCUUUGCAAUUUGUUUUGGAAAGUUCUCAGUCGUCAGUUUUCCCCGCGAUGAGUUGUUCAUAAGCGAUUGAUAGGCAGUGGCGGCCAGCGUCUGGCUUGGAAUGUGAAAUGGCUUUAUGAACAGCCAGGUUGGAAUGCAAAUAUACGUCAUAAUGUUCCAAAAAAGCCCGAAAUGCCGAGAACAAUUCGAUAUGGCACUGAGAAUUCAAAGGAGACGGUUGGAGAAACGGCGAUUGAUACUCCUCCCUGUGGUCUUGGUCAGAGUGACCUGAAUAUUCCAACCGCAAGACGUGGUUAUUUGUUUCUGAUCAUCCCUGGGCGCGAACAAUCACUGGUUGAUAGGAAACGGUUGGCGUGUUUUGCAAGCGCCAAUGAAAUCGACACGAAACAUGGUCACACCCACCGUAUCAACAUUACCCUUUGGCAUCUACGUCGCGUCGCGCCCUGGGGGCUUUCAACCUUGAAGAAACCGGUCAAAACUCGAGAUAUUUUUUUGGCGAUGGGAACUGAAAGCCCCAAACCAGCCAUUCAGGAGCGGACUUCAUGCUACUUUGCAGCGAACGAGCACCUUGGCUCAUUGACUCGUGAGGCGACCCGACGGAUGACGCCAGGGGAGUUUCCAUUAAUAAUUGGCUUUUUGGAUGCAGAAGCAUGCAUCCUAGUCGAUCCGUCGGGCACAAACGGUGCCUAA